AUGUGGGUGCCCGGACUCCUGGGUCCCUUGGCCCUGCUGGCCUUUUCUGCAGGCGGCUGCCAGGGACUGUCCUUCCAGCUUCCGCCGCAGACGCGCAAGUGUCUGAAAGAGGAGCUUCACCGAGAUGUGAUGGUCACCGGGGAAUUCGUGGUCUCGGAAGCCACCGCACCGGGGAUCAGGACAGACUUGCGGGUGAGGAGCAUGUUGUGCUUUGACCUCCCCACCUUAUUUCUUCUGCUGACAAACACUCCCCCCACCCCGGCUCACAAAAAUACCUAAAUGGUACAGGAGUCUGUUGCAGCUGCAACCACAAAGUUCAUUCUAGACCACGAAAGCUUCUUCAUGCAGCAAUGAAUGCACACUGUACAUUUUUAAACCACUGUUGCAUCACUUUAGUAAUCAUGGCGUCCUCCAAAGAAUUUUGGGAACUGUUGUUUGUUAAAUGUGCUGGGGGGGUGUCUCCUGACAACUCUGAGCCCCCUUUUAACAGACUACCAUUCCCAGGAGGAAACCACCACUGUUAAAAGUGGUGUUUAAAUGUGUGGUGUGGAUGUUAAGGCUUUGCAAGUGCUGUGAGACUCUUUGUUGUCAAGCUUUUGUUUUGCAUUUUGCGCAUGCCCAGAUACCCGUUGUCUCUGCUAGAGUUGACGCUGGCAGUUGGCUCUUUCUCCUUGCAGGUUACGGACUCCUCUGGCCACCUCUUGUACUCCAGAGAUGAUGCCAAGAAAGGAAAAUUUGCCUUCACCACAGAUGACUAUGAGAUCUAUGAGAUUUGCUUUGAGAGUCAUGGCCAGCCAGGUAUGGGGGCGAUGGAUUCUGCAGGCGGGUUUAAGCUUCAAAAAGUAGCCUCUAAUCCCAAAUUUGGGGUUGUUUUUGAUGUGCAUGCACAGUGAGGAAGGGAAGCACCCUACAUGCUCAGAGGCACGUGAGCAUGUAGCAUUCUAGAAUCUUGAAGCAUUCUAGAAUAAUUUUCAUGUUUCACAGCUGAUCCCAGACUGGAAAAGUCAGUGGCUCACAAUGAGACUUUCUCCCAAACUCACGCCCCUUUUUCCAUCCCUUUGUCUCAGAUUUGCCUUUAAGCACUAUCCCGAACAGAGUCAGACCACUGAUUGUCAGUGGCUUUUCAGGCAGGGAGCCUUUCCCAGCCCUACCUGACAGGAUUUGAACCUGGGACUUUCUGCUCAUAAGGCAGAUGCUCCACCACUGAGCUUCAGCCCUAGGUAAGAAAUAAUUCCAUGCAGUGAGUAGGUGAGAGAGGCAGGCCAGAGCUCUGUGACCAUCUUCUGCCAGCCCCCAGCAAGCUAGCGGCUUUUUGUUAAAGACUUAUUUACAAGAUUAUUUACCUCUGCAAAAUAAACCAUGUUUACAUUCUUUGCUGAGAGGCAUUAAUUAAUUCUAACACGGGCUUGCCUUUUGUCCCAUAUUGACUGAAACCGGGUGCAGAUUUCCACAGAACCGUUCCAUUUUUUAAAAAAACAAAACCAUAAUCCUUAUUCAAAUAACAUUACUUGAAUAAAACAAAACAGCUAUAAUAGCUGUAAUCCCAUACAGUAAUGGAAGAUUUCUUCAUUAACUUUUCUCCCCCACCUGCCAGAACUGCAGCACCAUAAAUUUGCAAGAAACAUUAUCUUACAAGAUCUUUUUUAAAACUGAUUUCUUUUUGCUGAGAGGUCAGAACUUGGGAACUCAUUUAUUCAAGUUUUAACUGUAUAUUUUAAUUGUUGUAACCUGCCCUGGGACCUGAUGGUGAAAGGCGGGUAAUAAUAAUAAUAAUAAUAAUAAUUCAAAGAAUGGAAAUGAUGUCUCUAUAAAAAUCAUGAUUUUUGGCAACCUCUCUGUGCAGCUGGUUGCAGUGCGUUAACCUCUCACACUUGACUAAUUACCAUACCCACACAACCCAUUCAUUGAUUGUAGGGCCUGGCCUAGAUUUCUAGGGCUUCACAACUGGAAAAAAAACAAUGUCUAAAAAGAGACGGUUACUGGAUGCAGAGCUGACCCAGAAGCAGGGCCCCUUGAGGCCAGUCUGCAUGACAUCUAAUCACAACAUUGCAAACACCUUUUCUGGGUAGGCCUUGAAUGAAUGAAAAAACCAGAGAUUGCUUCCUAACCAGCAGAAUUUUCCAGAACAGCAGCAGUGAACCUGUGGCCUAUAGCCUAUGAGGCAGUUUGGUUGAAGCCAUGCCCACUUGCUUGACACCUGACAUCAGAUAUGACCGCUGGGGAAUGUCGGGCCCUCUGGCCAGCCUUGGCCCACCAGUGGAUCCAGUUUGACCUACCAGGCCUUUCUCCCCAAGCUAUGCCCAUCCUCCCAUCAGCUGAUGAGCAGGAGGACAAGGUUUAAUCCUGCACUGGCUGUGUGCCCUGCACUAAGGAGGGAAUAGGAUUGCACCGCAGGAUUUAAUCUCUGUUCAUCGGAUGAUCGGUGGAGAUUAAGGCCUUCUCCAAAGCUCAGCUCCUGUGAACAGACAAGCGGCAGCAGUUGGGUGAGGGAGAAGCAGGGCUUCUGAGAAGAGCUUCAAGACAACCUUCGGUCCUGUUUUGGGAUCUGCCUUCUCCCAAGUGCUGCUUGAAGCAGCUCACACACUUCUCCCGCGAGUGAUGGGGCGUCACUUGCAGGAGAAGCACAAUAUAAUUUCAGUCUCAGAAGGGUGGAGGAAGAAUCUUCCAAAAGCCUUUGUGAACCUCUCCCACUUUAAAAUCAAAGUGGAAAAGGUGUUGACUUGUGGACGAUCCCACCUACUAGUCAGUCGUAGGAUGGAUGACCUCUCCCACCUGUCAGAUUUGGCUCUGAUAAGGAUCUGGCCCUUGGCACCAAAAAGGUUCCCCAGACCUGGAUGUAUGGUGUCAAGUGCUGGGCAGGUAAAAGAUGGAGCUAUCUGCUGAAUGUGGGGUUUGCAGUAGAUCAGUUGAUGGUGCUCAGAAAGGUGGUCCUGUUGCCCAUGUGAUUGAUUUUAGGAUGACUUAAUCAUUAUAAGGAUCAUAGUGAUCUUGGGCGAGAAGGAACCCAUCCUGAGCUAAGGGAGUUUGGAAGGCACUGGCUGCCAUGUUUUUCAAACCAGAAAUGCUUCUAUUUAGUCCAGUAAAGCAAGCUGUUUUAAAUAUACAUAGGAAGCUGCUACGCCGCAAACUUAAAAAACCCUAUUUUAAAAAAAGUUUUCAUUUUUAUUUUAUUUUGCAAAUACAACAAAAGGAAAGGGAAAAAUAAAAAAAUAAAACCUCAACAUUGCCAGAUGACAUUAACGGGAAAAAUAUAUUGAUCUUCAUUUAAACAUAUAGAUCUAUAAAAACAGUCCAUAUGCCCAAAUAGGCCUGUGUUGUGGUUUUUAAAAAUCCUUCUGUAGUGCAGCCUUUUCCAGCCGGGUGUGAUGGACUGUAAUUUGCCUAAACCAAACCGUAAGUUUGGAACAAAUGGCGAGUGCCUGGUUGUGGGACGUCUGCUGGACAUCAUUAUUGCCUUAAUCCUAACCUUGUCCUCUCAAUCUAUGCCUACCUUCUCUUCAUUCCUCUCACCCCUAAUCCCAGGGUCUCUCUUUUUCCAGGGAAUUUCCGGGUCCCUGACCAACUGAUCACCCUCAAUAUCAAGCACGGUGUGGAGGCACGGAAUUACGAGGACGUAAGUGCAGCACUUAGUCUGCUCUGAAUAAAUAUGGCAGGGAGUCCUCCGGGGGGGGCGUUGUGCCAGUUCCCCCAUAGUGUGGACUAGAUGCAGCAGGUAAAUCUGUGUGCAAACGUUUCCUGCAUUCCCCGUAAAAGUGGCUUGAUUGUCUCAGGGCAGGGAGCCUGUGAAAAGCUCAAGAUUCAUCCCACCCCAGAAGUGCUUUGAGCUGUGGGGGUGAGCCUGCAGAACCUCCCUGAGAUCGCCAGAAGAUCCCUGCAGCUGGAUCAGACCCAAGACCCAAGUGGUUGAGCAUCUUGUUCUCACAACGGCCAACCAAACACCUUGCCCCACUGUGGGAGGCAGUGGGGCUCUGCAUGCCAGUUGUUGGAAAUCACAGGCGGGGAGGAUGUUAUAGGGGUCAGGUCCUUUAGGGCCUCUGUUUGGCCUCUGUGAGAACAGGAUGCUGGGCUAGAAGGACCUGAUCCAGCAAAGGUCUUCUUCAGUUUCUUUUAUUUGAACUGUUUAUAUACGGGCCACACCUCAUUUACACGUGUCCAGUUGAUGCGCGACCACACACACACAGCAUGUUGAACCCGGAAUGACUUCAAAAAUGAGCCCAGAAAGGUGUGAAAACAGCACCUAGCAAUCCCAGAAGCCUUUGCACCGACCGUUGAGACCUGUGGAGAGUAGGGAGUUUGAGCAAGGAGCUUCGGAGAGAGCAGUUGCGGUGGAGUUUGGCAGAUUUGCGGCCGUUCAUGCCAGUCUGAUGAGUGCUGCUGGUUUUUUUAAGGGUUUCCCAAGGGUUUCCAGAGUUGGUGGCCGUCUCCACUCCCUCUGUGGCCCCAGCUCUCCUUGUGGCAUUGUGCUGGCCUUUGGCUCAGCCUGUCCUCCCCUUUCCCCACAGAUUGCGAAGGCUGAGAAACUCAAGCCCUUGGAGGUGGACCUUCGUCGGCUUGAGGACCUUUCCGAAUCCAUUGUCAAAGACUUUGCCUUCAUGAAACAACGCGAGGAGGAGAUGCGCGAUACCAAUGGUGAGUGGCGCGAAAGCAUGGCGGCUGGAGAUCUUGCCCCCUGUCAUUCGCUGGAGCCAAGAAAGGCUGCAGUGCAGGCCUCGUCUCUGGCUCUCACCAUCUGGUGGCCUCCAGAACGUUGCUGGACUACAACUCCCAUCAUUCCUUACCACUGGCCAUACUAAGGAUGCUGGGAGUUGUAAUCCACUGACGUCUGGAGGGCACCAUGUUGGCUGUGCCUGCUCUGUUGUUUGUUCUCUGGCCUUUGUUUGGCUGUUAAUGGUGUCCAUCAGCCUUGAGGCCUCCAACAUCCUAUGUUUUGCAGGGAUUUGAACUCAGGCCUCCUUGGGUAUCAAGAGCUACUCCCUGCCCUGUCUACACUGGUGUGACAGUCUUAUAAAGAGAAGCUUUCCCUCAUUACCUGCCACAAAGUCAUAAAAAUAUAUAUGUUUUGGCAGUGGUGGGGACCUUCUGCAUGUAGAGCAAGGCCCCUCCCUAAAACGAAGCCGAACAAUAAAAUAUUAGAAGGUACUAAUGUUAUUUGUUGCAUUUAUUAUCCUGCCGUUCCUCUGAGGAGGUAAUGAGUGGCGUACAAACAUACCGCAUUUUUCGCUCCAUAAGACGCACUUUUCCCCCUCCUAAAAAGUAAGGGGGAAUGUGUGUGCGUCUUAUGGAGCUAAUGCAGGCAGGAGGCUCUGCUCAGCACUCCCUUUAAAGAGCCGCGCAGAGCGUGUGUGCGGCUCCUGGGGGCUUUUCCAGGAGGUGGGAGAAGGGACUGACGGGCUGCCCUCUGUCCCUUCCCACACCUCCCAGAAAGCCAGCAAGAGCCACUGCGAGGCUCUGCUCAGCGGUCCCUUGUAAGGGCUCCCUUUCGUCCCUCAUCCCGCUUUGCUGGGAAGCCAGCAGAAGAGGUGCUGCACAGCUAUCGCUCUUGCUCUGCUGACUUCAGUGAGAGCUGUGCAGCUUGCUCUGCUGGUUUCUCAGCGAAGCGGGAGGAGGGACGGAAGGGUUUAAAGCAAGAAAAGCGAGAGCCACUUACAUGCUCUGUGCAGAAUACCAGUAUUUUUUUCUUGCUUUCCCCCUCUAAAAACUAGGUGCGUCUUAUGGAGCGAAAAAUACGGUAGUUCUUUUCCCCUCCCCUGUUUAUUCCAGCAACAACCCUGUGAGGCGGGUUAGGCUGAGAGACUGUGACUGGCCUGAAAUCAGCGUUGUGGCUGAGUGGGGAUUUGAACUCUGGUCUCCCAGAUCUUAACCACCGCUCCACCCUAGGAGCUCGGAGCUGGAUCUGCCACUUGGCCUUGUCUUUCUCUCUUUGCAGAAUCCACCAGCGCUCGGGUCUUCUACUUCAGCAUUUUCUCCAUGCUCUGCCUUGUGGGCUUGGCCACUUGGCAGGUCUUCUACCUCAGACGCUUCUUCAAAGCCAAGAAACUCAUCGAGUGA